CCGAAAAAAAAAACAAACCAAUAUUCCAUUCUGUGAAUCAGAAGAAUCAGAACCUCGACGGAGCCAUGAGAACACCAGUCCCUUCAGCCUCGGCCUCGGCAUCUUCAUCCUCGGCCUCGUCUUCACCACCGAGAUCAGGCCCGACUCCUACUGCUACCAUGAAGGAGUGCCCGCCGAGCGAGGAGGCUCGAGACAGCAGCUGCUACUACCCAGGUUGCAGAAAGGAUGCGAAUUGCAGCUGCGAGAUGUGCCUUGCAAGUAUUAGUGCGACCCUCGAUCUCAUGCCCUCCAGCUCGCUCACCAAGCUCUCUGCUUGCCGCCCCAGAGGUCAUAAGAACACUCCGGUGUCGUUUGACCCUUCAAUCCUCUCCACCCCUACAUCGUUCACUCGUACGAAUCCUCAGAAAUUGGAGUCUCCUGCACUGAGGUCAACAGAAAAAGUGCCCUUGUGUGAGAUGAAGGAGAAGAAGGUGAAGAGGGAUUGGCGAUUCGAGGGUAAGGUCUUGAGGUGGAUCUUUGGGUUAAUUCUGAUUCUGGCCGUGGAUUUUGGUAUCUCGAGAUGGGUUUCAGUCACUUUCAGGCCCAAGCUGUCCGCUGAUCUAGUGAGGUAUAUUGGCGAGAAAUCUCGAGUUGAGGAUGGUCUAGAGGUGAAGCUAAGGCUGGUGCAGAGGGCAUUGCAAGCUUUUGUGGAAGACAAUGUUUCAAACUGCAGUGAUGCGAACUCCAAUUGGCAAAUUAGUCAGGAUGGCCUGCUCGUGAAUUCUUGGUGUACUUUGUAUAAAUCCCAUCUAGAGGAAGUGACCAUAUGGGGGUGGCCUUUACAGACUGCUGGUCUGCUCACUUCAGGAUUCUCUUCCCGGUGGUUCACUGUUGUCACAGGAAGAGUUACAGAGUGGUCAGGAGGAAACACAGGGUACAAAGUUCGAAAAGCAAACAGUUUGUGGGUGCUGAGAAAAUGGGGUGCUUCCAUCGUGCAGUUGGAUCGAAAUACUGUCAUUCUUGAGUAUAGGAGGAGCUCGAUCUUGGAUAAUCAUGGAAUUUUUUCAGCUCUAUCGAAACUCUUGAAGUAUCAUAUCUCAGGAUUAGCAAAGAGAAUCAAAAAGAAGUUUUGGUAUCUUGCUGCUUCAGGUGUCUCGGGAAACAAACUCAGGAAGCUCAGAAAGGAUGGCACCGAUGUUCCAACCUAAAGGCUUCAUCUUCUCGAAGAUAAUGUGGAAGUUCUCAUUUCUUGUGAGAAGUUUGUCUAGCCAUUCUCUUCUGGUAGUCUGUCAGUUGGACAACAGUAUAAUCAAGAAAUGUGAUUUGCCCCCUUUUUUGCAUAGCAAAUGGAAGCUGUGAAUGAGUAUGUUAUGUUAAUUUUCGAGCAAGUUGCAGUAAUAAUGUAAAGACA